CUUUCUCAACAUUAACCAAAUAUAUUAUAUCCUAGCUUCAAUAUAACCUAAGAGAAUGGGUUCUAUGUAUGAAAUUCCUAUGCCUCCCAAAGCAGUUGGUCCAGCCACAAUCUUGGCUAUGGGCACUGCCAAUCCACCAAAUGAAUUUAUCCAGGCUGACUAUCCUGAGUACUACUUUCGUAGUACUAAUAGCGAACAUUUAACCCGUCUCAAGAGCAAGUAUCAGCGCAUGUGCGAUAAAUCAAUGAUUAGGAAGCGUUACUUGCACGUAACCGAAGAGAUCUUGAAAGAAAACCCACAAAUGUGCGAUCGCAAGGCCUCUUCCUUAUCAGCCCGUCAAGCAAUCCUCGCCAGUGAAGUCCCCAAACUCGGCAAAGAAGCAGCCGAUAAGGCCAUCGCCGAGUGGGGCCAACCCACUUCUAACAUCACUCACCUUAUCUUCGGCACCAACACUUUCUGCGACACCCCCGCUGCCGACCAAUACCUCGCCAUGCUCCUCGGCCUUUCGCCUUCCGUUAAGCGCUUUGUUCUCCGCCAGGGUGGCUGCCACUCUGGCGGUACGCUCCUUCGUAUAGCCAAGUCCAUGGCUGAAAACGAACGCGGAGCUCGUGUCUUGGUCGUAUGCGCGGAGUUGAGUACUGUUAUAUUUUACCAUGCUCCCGAUGACACUAAUCUUUUACCGCACACCUUAUUCGCAGAUGGUGCUGCGGCUUUGAUUGUAGGUGCUGAUCCUGAUGAGCCUCUAGAAAAACCUAUUUUUCGGCUCGUGUCAGCCGACCAGACCACAAUUCCCGGUACAGACGGGACUAUACAGGCCCGUCUGAGGGAAGAGGGUAUGGUCGGGGACAUUGCUCCUGACGUACCUAAACUUAUUUCCAAAAACAUCGAAAGUUUGUUGAUUGAAUCUUUUGAGAGAAUUGGGGUCAAAGAUUGGAACUCCUUGUUUUGGAUCCCUCACCCUGGAGGUCCAGCUAUAUUGGACCAGAUUGAAACUGAAGUCGACCUUGAGCCGGGGAAACUGAGUACUACUAGGCACGUCUUAAGCGAGUAUGGGAACAUGUGGGGUGCAACAGUGUUGUUCAUAUUGGAAGAGAUGAGGAAUAAGUCGUUGAAGGAGGGCAAAUCAACAACCGGAGAAGGGUUGGAAUGGGGUGUGCUGUUUGGUUUUGGUCCUGGUCUUACUGUUGAAACCAUUGUGCUUCAGAGUGCUUCACUUAAUUAAUUAAUCACUUGGGAUUAAAUUAAUGAAAGUUGGUUAUUAUAUCAAAAUAUAUACUUGAAAGUUGAAAUUAUAAAGUAUAAUAGAACUAUUUUCUCGUAAAAAAAUGGAGGAGGUAGAACUACUAUAUAUACAUUAUACUGUGGGUGUAAAAUAUACACCAAAGUAAUUUGAUUUGUAUAAUUGUAUGUGAAUUGUUGUAAUAACGGGUAUUAUUGUGUAUACCCCAGUUCAUUUUGCUUAUAAUUUUUUUUUUGAUCAAUUAGUUUGUACCAUUUUUAUUGGUUAUGUUUCUAGUUUGUUGGUUGUACCAUACGUAUUGUAUUAAAAAGAUGUCAUAUAAUUUAAAUUA